AUGGCGGUGCUGUUAGAAACUACCUUAGGAGAUGUCGUUAUUGAUGUAUACGUUAAGGAAAGACCAAAAAGUUCACUUAAUUUUAUUAAACUGUGCAAAAUGAAAUACUAUAAUCUCUGCCAGUUUCACACCAUCGAGCAAAACUAUAUUGCUCAGACGGGUGACCCCACAGGAACGGGUAGAGGAGGAGAAUCGAUCUUUAUGAAGUUAUAUGGUGAGCAAGCACGAUAUUUUGAGAAAGAAGACCUACCAAAAAUGAAGCACACGCGGAUGGGUGUCGUUUCUUUUGUAAAUAAUGGAAAUAAUAUGCUAGGAAGCCAGUUCUUCAUCACGCUUGGCGAGGAGUUAGAUUACCUUGACGAUAAGCACACCAUUUUUGGACAAGUUACUGAGGGAUUAGAUACGUUGGAAAAGCUCAAUGAACAACUAUGUGAUGAUGAUCAUAGGCCUUACAAGGAUAUAAGAAUUGCUCAUACGAUCGUACUUGACGAUCCAUUUGAGGAUCAUCCUCGUCUUGAAUACCCGCGUAAAUCACCAUCACCAACAUUUGAAAUGCUUGUAAAGACAAAUCAAAUCGCUCUCGACGAAAAUGUGGACGAUACUGAAGGGAAAACGGCUGAAGAACUUGCAGAAGAAAUAAAAAAACGUGAAAUGGCUGAACAGGCGCAAAUACUUGAAAUGAUUGGUGAUUUGCGUGAAGCUGAUGAAGCACCUCCUGAUAAUGUUCUGUUCGUAUGUAAGCUAAAUCCCGUAACAACGGACGAAGAUUUAGAGAUAAUUUUCAGUAGAUUUGGAAAAAUAAUCAAGUGCGAGAUAAUACGAGAUCGACGAACAAAGCAAUCUCUUCAGUACGCUUUCAUUGAGUUUGAAGAUCCAAAAAGCUGUGAGCAGGCGUUUUUCAAAAUGGACAACGUCCUCAUCGACGACAGGCGAAUUCAUGUGGACUUCUCCCAAUCGGUUGCCAAGUUACAUCAAUGGAAUCGAAGCGUAACAGAAAAAGCACAUCCAGAAAACCGUCAUCAUGUGAAGAAGGAUAAGGCAAGUGUGAUGAGAUUUCUUUCGUAA